AUUUUCUGUUCAUAUACUCCCAAUCAUUAUAGGGUAUACCUGAAAAAGCUAUAUUGUCUCAUUUGUACCUGGAAGCUAUACAAUUGUUCAUUUGCAAACUCCUUAACUUCAGCUACUUGCUUCUCGCCGGCAUGUCGUACCCAGGCUCAUUGAAAGAGGGGGAUGGAGACUAUUUGCUCGUGGUAUCUGGCGUCACGCGCUAUGCACCAUACCUAGUUGGAUGGCAGGAAUUCAAAGAUCAUCUUCGUAAAGUAGUCAAGGAGCAACCAGGGUGGGCUGAUGUGUACUCGAGCCAGGGUCAUAGAAGAGGAGAGAUGCAAGGAUGGUGUCGACUAAAAGACAGGGAAGAUGCAGAUGCAGUGUUCACAGAAGUAUAUCACAGAGCCAAAGGCAUGCUUGUGCAUGUUUGGGAAACCAGCCGUAGGGGUGACGGUUACCGGUUGAUGCGCUGUAACUGUUCUACCGCAUUUCCUGAAAUCCCAGAAGGUGGCCACUCCACUGGGCGUUGCGGCAUUGACAUUGCAAGAGUGAACCAGUUGGGGGGCGGCAGAGCGGCAUCUGUUGAAGUGUCGGCCCCAUACAUGUCAGCACAGUCUGGCUACAUGUAUUCGACAUACCCACAGCUGCAAGCCUAUUCACAGCAGCAGCAGCAGCCAGGAUACGCCCAUGUUCCAACUUACCCAGCCUACCCUUUGUCAAACCCACCGGUGUACUCGACCACCACCAACGGAAUUCCCGUUAACAUCCGAGGGGGAGCCAUACUCACAGAAGCUCGAGGUAUCUUCAUUCGAAAUUUGAGCCACAAGUGCACUAUGGAUGACCUCAAUGCUCUGUUGUUACAGACUGUAGGUUACGCAAUUGACAUUCAGUUCAUCCGAGACAACAGGACAAGGGCUUUCAAAGGCGCCGCCACUGCCAAGUUCGCCUCGAAGGAGUUGGCGCAAAACGCGGCAAACACCUUGAACGGCACAGUGCACAUGGGGAUGACAUUACACGUGCGUAUGGACACUGACGCCACCGUCGUGGGGCAGACCGAGCCCAUGGUUGUGAACGGGUCGUACAGACCGUGAUUAUCUGUUAUCAACACUUGGAAUGAUAUUGUACCAUUGCAUUUCAUGGAGUCUGCUGCUAUCAUUUGGCAGGCGACAUCUCCAGAAUAAGAGUCGGUGAUGAGAUGCCAAAUGGCCCAUGGCGUCCUGAUUGUUUUUUCUGAGAUUGG